CUUAUUUAGCCCACUCGACCUACCAUUUGCCAACCGUGCUACUUGACUCUUCGUCUCUUAUACCUAUUUAUUAUCCCCCUCUCAACUCCUCACUCCUCAAACCAAACUCAACACACACAUGGCGAAAGAGAUGCAGAUUGCAGAGUGAAAUAUCGACAAUUAUAUACGAGUGAGAGAGAGAGGUUUUAAUGGGGAAUUACAGGUUUAGAUUAUCAGAUAUGAUACCAAAUGCUUGGUUUUACAAGCUUAGAGACAUGAGCAAGACGACGAAGACCACCGCCACUUCCACCACCCACAGCAAGAAACCAACGUCUGGUUCUUAUUACUCAGCAGCACCACCGCAAAACCACCAUUUUUCUCAGCCAAGAAACUCGUUUUAUUACACCCCAAGAGUGUCCCAAUUCCACAAUUCACCAAAAUUCCCAUAUUUACAUGACCCACCAAGAAAAUCUUCUAAGAAAACCAGACCCAACAGAAAAACCAUAUACAGACCUUCACCAAAACACACUUCACUCGCUGACUCGACUCAAAGCACCCUUCAAGAUUUCUUUCAUUCUCCCACAACAAACACUAGCCCUUUUUCCCUUCACGAGUCUCCCUCCUCCGAGUCGACUCAAUCAGGACUCGCCACUGCCUCCUGGUGCACCUCUUGCACCUGUAGAGUCAGUUCUUCCACUUCCGACAUCGUAAUCGAUGUAAACGAGACUAGAAAUAGUGAUAAUUCAAGCUGUGGGUUUGAUUUGUCACCUGAGAUAGAGCUUAACCUCCCUCCAAUAAUAACAAAACCGGCCAAACCCACUUCAAGAAACACACAAACAUCACAUUCCGGCAAGAAACUCAAAGAAACCAACAAAACUCCGGCGAGAAAAUCAGUCUCUGGAGUCAAACUCAGAGCCAAUUCUCCCAAACUAGCAGUGAGCAAAAGGAUCGUUCAAAAGUCUGCACAGAGAAAGACCUUGUCAGAAAGCUUUGCAAUUGUGAAAUCAUCGUAUGAUCCUCAGAAAGAUUUCAUGGAAUCAAUGAUGGAGAUGAUCGUCGAGAACAACAUCCGGGCGUCAAAGGACUUGGAAGACCUUCUUGCAUGUUAUCUUUCUUUGAAUUCAGAUGAGUAUCACGAUGUAAUUGUUAAAGCAUUUGAGCAAAUUUGGUUCAGUUUGCCAGAUAUGUAACUUUUGUAGGUCAAGGAACCCAUAACUCAAACAUAAAAUUACGUCGAAUUUUGUACAAGUCGUUCACUCUUCGUGCUUUCGGCGUCGCCAGAAGAUCACAAGUUCGAUUGCAUUCUAAAAAAGGAAAAUUCUGACAACUUGGAACUGAAUUGGAGCUGUUUUAGUUCGAAAAAAGACACAAACUUACAACAACCUGACAAGAUCCUUCUAUCUACGAGUAAAAAUGAUAAUGUAGUGUUAAUAUAUAAUGUAAUUGUGUGUACAUUUUACUUUUACCAAUUUGGGUUGUAUUUUUAAA